GAGCGCCCACAACCAGGGGAAAAGCGCGUCGUGUGUGUGUGCGUGUGUGUGAAUGUGUGUAUUUUUUUCGGGGGAAAAAAGAAAAGUGCGGUGAUACGAGUUUGUGUGUAAUAUGCGAGUAUCGUGAGAGAACCAGAGCGCGAAGCCGUGAGGAAGCCGUGUGCCUUACUUGAUGACUAUUUUUUCGCCCCCGAAGUUCCUUAAAACGGGGGUUAUGUUUGCACUUACCUUGGUCCGCCAUGGGGAGACACUUCACAACAAAGACAACGUCAUUCAAGGUCAGCUGGAUGUACCGCUGUCGGCCAUCGGCCUCGAGCAGGCCGAGCUGCUGGGCAAGCACCUGCAGCAGCAGAGGUUCACUCACGUCUACAGCAGCGACCUGUCACGUGCCAAACAGACAGCCCAGUCCAUUUUGGAGAAGAAUCAGGUGACCCCAGGGCCCAUUGUUGAAGACCAGCGGCUGCGAGAACGGAAAUUUGGCACGGUGGAAGGCCGUAGUUUUGGCUACCUGAAGGAGGCAUCCAACAAGGCCAAUCAGUCGGUGAGCUCCUACACGCCGCCAGGCGCCGAGACGCUAGACCAGGUACGGAAGCGCGCUGUUGCCUUCUUUGAAGACCUCUGCCAGCUCCUUCGCGGGGCAUACCCGACGGAAGACCAGGAAAACCUGAGCCCCAGCAAACGGAAGCGUGAGGAACAGCCACCAUCACUGCCAUCGUCGCUGAGCAGCUCCCCUUCCUCAUUCCCACCUCCCUACAACUCCCCGUCAUCGGCGACGACGCCACCAUUCGCCGACGAACUCAUCCGCGCAGCGCUCGGCCCGAACGCUGAUGAAUCCGGUGUCGCAGCAGCUGCCGACCCAGCCCCCAACGUCUCCCUCUCCCCACUCGUCGAGCAGUGGCCGUCGUCUGGCGGCAACAAUCCGCCGCGGAAGCUGUCAGCGUGCAGUUCGUCGGACGAAGGAGACGGUGUCGGCGGAGGCGCGCUUUUGGCGAGCGUCCUCGUCGUAAGUCACGGUGCCCUCCUCCGCGAGAUGGUGCGGCACCUUGUUGAAGACCUCGGCUGCUGCGUGCCGGGCGGCCGCAACCAGGCCCUCCGCAUCAGCCCCAACGCAGGGAUAUCCAAGUUCACCGUGUCGGGACCGCGCGACCAUCCGCGCAUCGUCUGCCACCUGAUUCACGACCGGCAGCACCUGAUGGGAGGCAGCGCCUGCCCCAUCGUGAGCGGCGGAGAAGCGAUACCGCGGAGGCGGGAAUUGCAGUUGGCUGGUUUGUCGGCGGAUGCUACGGCGCUGUAGUUGGGAGGUGCACCGGGUUCGGGGAAAACGCUUGGAAAACUGUGAACUGGACAGUCUCGUUUUUUGUGUGCUGAAAGCACCUUAUGUUUUAAUUUUACUUCCUGAUUUUUUGUGAAGUGACAGCGGCCGAAGCAUUGGCAUGACUGCCACGUAUGGCUUUCCACGAGCCUCUUGGGCUAAAAAAGACAUCGAGGCUACCUGCUGACAUAAGAGCGUUUUAAGUGGCCGGCAACAGUGACGGGUCUGUCGUUUUUCGUGUCAAAUGUGUGUCGCUUACCUUUUUUUUGCACAUUGGUGCAAUUUUUUUUUUUUUCCACAUGGAAGCAGUAUUCUUGCACCUCAGGGGAACGGGACUGUCAACAUUGCGAGGACAAGGGCACUUUUCGCUUCGUACGCACUAAAUGCGCUCACACCCUUUGGGACGUUUUUGCUCGUGCAGCGAUGAUUGUCAUCUACACUGCAGAACUUUCCUUGCCUAAGCACCGCACAUUCGUUCCUUCCAGGUCACGGAGCGCACUGUCAGCAUGGCAUGGCAUUUUUGACGGUGAAGUACGCAGUGCCGAGUGUUCAGUAAAGAAAAGGGGAGCAAACCGGAUGGCGAUUAUUGCAGAUAGAAAGACGCCUCAAAGGGUGCGAUUGUGUUUAGAGUGUAGCAUCAUCUGCAUAUCCAGCAGACACGAGGUGCACUCAAGGGUGUGGAAAAUGUGGCCUGCUUGCCCUCGUUUUCUUCCUUGUUUUUUUGGCGCUAAGAUGGCGCAAUUGCUUCUGUUUUUCCCCUCGUUUCAAUCGUCUCUGUUUGCGUGGAAUCAGGAUUUUGCACCUUGCGUGAGAAUGGGACGUUUCUUUACAGCUGAAGCAGCAGAAAACCGAACAUUCUUUUUUGAAGCAGCCAUUUUUUGAUAGAAUCGUUAUUGAAGGAGUCGUGGUCCGUAAUGAGCAGCUCUCUGUAGUUGGCAGUGGCAGAUCGAAUUCUCCAAGGUUGUUGCACCUUAGUCCAGUCUGACCAAACAGUGUUUCGGAAACGGUUCAUUCGCGGUUCCAUUUCGUGACACCAGGUAUUUCAGAAUGAUAACUCAUUCUUUGUCCCCGGUUCUGUGACCGGUGUCCGUUGUUUUGCAAAGUUUAUCGGUUUUUGACUGGGACUGAAGAGCUAUGGCUUCUUGUUAAUAUCCCUACAUACACCCCCCCCUUUUUUUUAUAACCAUUUUCCUCAUUUUUUUUUCUCGUUGUCCUGGACACUAAGAAAGCUAGCACAAACUAUGUUCCACAUACAGAGCGGCAUUUCAUUGGUGACAAAUUUCUCGCUGUAAUGCACUUUUCAUUGGAGACUUCCCCGUAGUGUACGCAUAACAAGCGUCAUCAUACUUAGGAAAUGAAAACACUGCUUCUAGGACGUUGCCGACAUAACAGAUUGAAUCGCAGUGUUUGUGCACUUGUGGCCUUGAAGAAAACAGAAUUGGGUGUUAAUUUUUCUGUGCAUCUCUCCGAAGCUUUGUGUGGUCGAUACAUUUGGAAUUGAGUAAACCUACCUUUUUAUUUUUGUUUUGGUCGAGGCAGUUGUUCCUGCGCGCCUCCAUUAGAAAACUGAGGCAUACAGAAAUGGAAUGAGCUCACGUGGCCUUGGCCUCAGCUGACUUAAAUAUUUUUGUUUCGUGAUACCAUAUUUUUGUGAAAUAUUUCGCAAAGAGAAGGUUUCAUUAAAACGUUUUUUGGAGCAUUGGUAGCCCAAAGCUUCGAACGAAAUCUCUGUGAUUUUUUUUAAAUGGGAGCACCAUAGUUUAAUUUAUUGGGAUAUCGUAUUCUUCCCCAGACCUGGACAAUUUUUUUUUUUUUCGUGAACCACGAGCCUUUCUUUUCUGAGGAACUUGUAUAAAUUUGCGCAUGCAUGCAUGCACUAAUCGGUGCUGCUUGUCACUAGAUAGAGACAUUCUUUUAACCAAGAAAUCGAAUAAAAUUUUGUAAACGAAGUGUUUCAUGACAGCAGUGCAAAUCGUCAGCACACGCUGGUUGUAAUUACAGUUGGCUUAACCAUAAAUGUUCAGAUAAGAAAUCUCUCUGUUUUAUGUUUUCCUACCAGUGUACGAAAACCAACUGCUUCAGUAAAGCAGCUGUGAAAGAUGGAAUUUGUAACAUCUGCAUGAAAUGUGCUACAAAUGUUAAUUAAGGGUUAUUACCAGCUGCCUAUGAUUAGUCUAUCUGAAUGUAUUCUGCUGUGUUAAUUUGCAGCAAUGUCAAAUAAACUGCCAGAGGUGACAGGGUAAAGUUAGCUUUCACUUGUCCGACCAUCUUGUUCAGUAUAUCGGUGUUUACUUUAAUCUUUCUGCCCCCCCUUUGUCGCAUCUGCUAUCCUAUUCGGAAGAUUGUUAUCUUGAUAAUAAUAUCGUAUCAAAAUAGCAGAUACCUGAAUAUAAUUUUCCGGAUAAGAUGGCAGAUACCUGAAUGCAAUUUUUCAGAAAAGGUAGCAGCACCAUCCUAUCAAAAACUUUGCAUUUAGGUUCAAAAAUGAAAGGAUUACCUUGAAAAAGAUUGAAUAAAGAUCGGGCUCUCUUUUUUGUUGUUGUUGUUGCUAUUCUGUUUGCUGGAAGCACUGCUAAACUCGGCGUGUCUAAAGUUAAACUCGUGUGUAUGUGAACAAUGCUACGUUCAUCAGGGCUGAGGAUAUGUGGUUAUUUCUAGUACUAGAGGGUAUUAGAGAACUCCAGCUUGCAGAAGAAUAUCACAACUGCCUUAGUGCUCAUUUCCGGCUCAUUUUCGAAGUCUCCAAAAGCAUUUAAUACCAGGGCUAUGGUAAUUGAAUUUUUAGUGUUGUUGGGGUCCUCUGCAGUCUCCAUAAUGUCAGUCCUGAUGUUAUUGCAUUUUGACUGAAGUUUCAUUUUUUUUUGCUGUGCGUAUGCAAAUGGAUUUAUGUCUCAGCUACAUGUUCGCAAAGCGUACUAUAAUAAUUGUUUUAUUGUCGAAACAUGGCGAUUAAGUUCCACUUGUGUACCUUGCAAAAUUUUUUCACUGUCGUCCAACCGUGGGUUGCUUGUUCACAUUUGCCAAAACCUAGCCACGCUUUUUAGCUUUUGGUCAGUGCCUCACUGCCAUUUCCUUCCACAGCGUUGAUUUCCAGAUGAGUUGCCAUGGUACUUUUUACAAAAUGUUCAAUCAAUGAAUCAAUGCAGUUGACAAACAAAAAAGAGCACACGUGAGGGUGAACACGAAAGCAAAGAAGAUGCACGUACUACAGCACCAAAACGUCUCUUGCCUCUGUUCCAGUUCUCGCGUUUGCAUUGUUUUUCGUUUGUUCAAGAUGCAUCUACUAACUCUUGUCUCUGCUGUAUGGAAUAUGUUACGUUUCACCAGCAGAACCUCUGUUUCUCGCGUGCGCGUCAACCUUUGGCAUGGUGCCCUUUAUUCCAGCAAAGGCCACUCUUGCUUCUUUCAUUCAGCAUCAUCCUGAUGUAAAUGAAAACACUGAUAGUGCAUUGCCUGCUGUGGUGGCUUAGCGACUAAGGUGCCGAGCUGCUAAGCUCGAGGGCAUGGGCUUGAUUCCCUAGCCGCAACGGCCGUAUUUUGGUAGUGGCGAAACACAAAAACACCCGUGUACUUAGAUUUGGGUGCACGUUAAAGGGACACAAAAUUUAAACAAUUAAUUGGUUUAGAUUGAUAAAUUGUACUCUGAGAACUCUAAUGUCGUUAAUUUCACCAUCACCGGUUUAUUAAUAGGGGAGGAAAUUGGACUCUGAAAGUUUCUUCAAAUUUCGUGCCGAAAUCUCCGCGUUUCAUGUCACUGAUUUCAAAGUGAAUAUUGCCGUAUUUCGGCGACAUUGGCUCACCGAAAUUUCCUGAAACUUGCUUUAUUAAGCCUAUCGCCCCCUCAGAGAGCAAUGUACUUCAUUUUUACUGAUUAGGAAAUACGUAUGACCUAGUAGAUGUCGUCAAAGUCUGUGGUGUCAUGGUGUUUGAAGCAGGAAUUUCAGGAUGGUGUGGCCACCUGCAUUUUCUUUUUUGCACAUUUUCUCGCUUACCAAGCAUCUUUUGGCAGCAGGCAUGGCAAUACAGUAGAACCCCACUGUUACGUUCCUCACUGCUGCGUUUUCCCGGCUGUUACGUCGUUUUCCGCCGGUCCCGGCAUAGCUCCCAUAGGAUACAAUGUAUUGGGAACCCCGCUGUUACGUCGUAACUGUCGGACCGUUCCCGUAUGAUACGUCGCGAAGUGCGCCCGGAGCCGACCGAGUGACUACCAAAGAGAGUGGCCAUGGCGCAUUUUCAUGCAGCUUGGCCUCGUUUGACCGUAAUAUUAGCUGCAUGAGAGGCGCAAGCAACAGAAUCUUUCAAUUGAUGCAAACAAAAGCAUGGCCUUCGAGAUUCAAAUUGCAAAGAUGGCGUCUAUGACGUAACUGCUCGCGAAAGCAAGGCCUUCGAGAUUGGCAUUUACUAUUGACAAAAGCAUAGCCUCUGAGAUUUGCAUUGCACAAACAUGGCGUGUAUGACGUAAUUGCUUGCGAAAGCAAGACCUUCGAGAUUGGCAUUUACUUCUGCCAUCGCGUUGGCGUAGACUCAUCAUCAUCGUUAUUUGUCGGAGAACGGGAGGAGUUCGAUCUGGUUGGAGCUCGCAUGGUCGUGCGUGCGGUCCGCGGUCGGACUCGCCGCGCCAGUCGUGAUUGCGUGUGCUUAGUUCUUUCAUGCCUACAGCUGUUGGUGUUAAAAAAAUCACAUACGUUGAUUACAUUUCUGUGGAUAAGGCCGUCCUAAGCUCCGCGUUUCUAUCCAUCGACUAGAUCGCGGCUGAGCGCGCCAAUUUUCGUGCUGCUCGUAAGAAUUGAAAUAAAAUUCUGUACCACUAAAUAUUUUGCCGUUUUUCCUGUUUUUCGGCUCUUACGUUUCCCGUCUCUUACGUUUAUUUCCUACGGUCCCUUCAAAAACGUAUCAGCGGGGUUCUACUGUAUUGGAAUAGUGAGAGUAAUUUGCUAAUAUGAGAAAAAAUCGUUAUUCUCUUCAGUGCCCCUUUAUGAAAACACAGGUUCUCUCUGGACUGCUACAGCAUCUACUGUUCUCACACGUUUUUGCAUCCAGAACCCCAUCAAAAUUCAGUCGUGGAGAAUCGGGCCUGUGACCUCACGCAUAAUUAUGUUGUUCCUUUGCUGCUGUGACAACCAGGCAGGUUAUUUUAUGAAUCGAGUCACCACAGCAAGCUGUCUAUUAUGAAUUCAAUGUCAGCCCACACACUGAUUUUUUUGUAAACAUUCUUUUGGAUUUAAUUUGGGAAGCUUGGUGUGCGCAAAUUUCUAUGCACUGUCAUGUGUACUUUUCUGCUUGGUGUUUCAGUAACAGUUGCAAGAACGGCCAGAAAAAAAGUGGCCGUGGUCGUGCGGAGUACUUAAUAGUUGGUAGCUGGCAAGACCAAAGUGGCUAGAUUGAUGUCUUAAAAUUUUUAGGGAAUAUAUUGAUGUUCCUGGUUCAUGUUCAUGAUGAAGGCAUAUAUGGGGAAUUCAGUGCUUGUACCGCGCUUAGCAUAUCGGCAACCAGGAAUGUACUGUUCCUGUAUUUCUUCGCACUUAUGUCCCAAUCAGAGUCAAUUCUGCGAUGUUGGUUCAUGUUUAGCAUUUUCAAAUUCGUGUUCGGGUUUUGCUAUAAGGGCAAAGCGGGGGCAGAGAAGACUACAUGGAGAAGUCACCACUUGCACAUUUUGCGAGCGCAUCUAUGGCACAGGAAGCACCAUUAGACUGUGUUGGUCACACAUAACCAUGUGUGACCAAUAAGGUAACAUGUAAUUGUAUGUGAUCAUGACGGUUACUUUCCAGUGACACCAGGUGUCAAGCCGUUUUUGUCAGUCCCGGCAAUCGUUCUUGGCUUCAUUUUUCUUGACAAAGGCGGGCGCAGAGAGGGAAGACAACAUGCAGAAUUGACUGCUCACACCUUUCGCGCACGAUGGCAGUAUUACUCUGUGGCCCUAUUUUUUAGCAGUCACGUUUCGUUCGUACCGGCCAUCGCGCCAAUUCUGCCAGCACUGAAAAUGAUGUCAGUGAAGGUGACUGGGCUCAUUAUUCGUGAGGCACAGAAAAGAGUAGAUUGCAUUGGCUGAACAAAAUUUCAUAAAACUUUUGCCAUGUUAAGGCUUGCUUCUUUAGCACACGAUCUGAUCCAUUUCUGCCAAUAAAAAAGGAUAUAGGCACUACCUUACAGUGUCGAAAUUUGUCGUCUCCACGAGUUUGUGCCGGAGCCUCAUGGGUGGUGUCACCUAAAGUAUUUCUUUUUUAGUUUUAUCUGGUUUACCAAGCAUCUUCUCAUGGCAAGAGUAGUGUCAUAUUGUGAAAGGAUUAUUCACUAAUAAGACAAAUUGCUUUUCUUUUUAACAUCCGCAUCCGCUUGAAAUGUUGGCGAUUUGAUAAUGUGCGGUUAAAUAUGUGCAGCUGCUCUGCCAUCUGACGAGAAUUUCAUUUUACACAAAACUGGCGGGGGCACAUCGGUGACUGUAACGACCAGACAAGUUUCUUGCGUCACGCUUUCUCUUACUGUGAUCGUGCCAGGAAUGGCGUAGUACCAUACAGUUUAGUACCUGAUUGAUUAACACAAAGCUGUUGUUUCAGUUGCACUGUGCUUUCCGUGGGACAUUUCAGUAUGUGGUUCAUAUUAAGCAGUGAUGUGCUUUUUUUACACUUUUUGUGUGCUUUUUUUCUUAGUGUUAAAGUUUCUUGUUAUUGCUGUUGUUGCCGGAACUUCUCUGAAUGCUUUGCGGCUGACGUUUGUUGACCAGAACGUGUGGCAGAGUACGCUUGUCUGAUUGCAUUGUGCUGGAAGGAUUGGGUAUCUGCUGUUGCUGAUUAAGCUGUGUGGUUUGUUACCCUGACAUAGAAUGUUAAACUUGAAAUUGGGGACAGCCUAGGAAUUAGGCUUGUGCCUGAACCACAAACGUCUGCGCUGAACGUUGUCGUGACCUCAGUAAGAGCCAUGUCGGCUGGAGUCUGCUGUCAGCUUGUGUUUUCUUUUAUCUGCUGAUAUAAAAUGCCAGGCUUAUCAGAAAAAUAAAACAUCGGUGUUCUUGCUA